GAUCAUUACAUUCAUCAUGGCUACCAACGUCUCCUUCCUCUCCCGCAACCUGAAACUCGCCGGUCACCUCUACCAUCCUCAGGCCAACGCACCCAACCGCAACGGUGCGGAGCAGUCCCCCGCCAACUACGCUCGUGUCCUCUCCCAAGCCGGCUUCAUCUGUCUUACAUUCGAUGCCGCUUACCAGGGUGAAUCCGAGGGCGAACCACGCGCUCUCGAGGAUCCCACCCAGCGCGUCGAGGACAUCAAAUCCGCCGUGACCUACCUAGUCAGCCAACAGGACGUCAACUCAGAUCGUAUUGGCGUUCUCGGUAUCUGCGCCUCGGGCGGAUACGCACCAUUCACCACCCAGACAGACCUCCGCAUCAAGGCAUGCGCCACCGUUGCGGCCGUCUGCGCGGGAGCCAUGGCUCGCAACGGCUUCGAAAAAAAAAAAAAAAACACCUCCACCCCAGAGAUCCUCAAGAUGCAGCUUGAAGGUGCCGCCGCGGAUCGUAACAGCGACGUCACCAGCGACAAGGUUCCCAUCGUGCAUUUACUCCCCGAGAAACCCGAAGACGCGCCUGCCAACAUGCCCAAGUCUUUCCGCGAUUUGAUGCAGUACUACCGCACCCCCAGGGCUCAUCACCCCCGGGCGACCAACACCACCAUUCCCCGUAGCUGGGACAUCAUGGCCAACUUUGACGCUUUUGCGUUUAACUCGAUGAUCAGUCCGCGACCGCUGCUGAUGAUCACGGGUACCAAGGCGGCGUCUAAGUGGCAUAGCGAAGAGGGUGUGGCUAAGGCUAAGGAGCCUAAGGAAUUCUUCGUCGUGGAUGGGAAGACGCAUGCCGAUUUGUAUGAUCAGGUUGAUGAGGCGGGAGCCAAAAUCGAGAAUUUCAAGUUUAUUGCUCCGUAA